AUGGAGAAUUUAUCUGAAAACGGCCAUGCUUCUACUAUAAAUCGUCCUUUACGCCCAAUACAAUUGAGACCAUCUACUCUCUCGGAAAUCGGAAGAACUCUGCAAGAUGAAAUGAAAUUUAUGUUCCGGGAGUUGACGGUUGACAUAGCUGCCUGCCCUUGUCUAACCAGAGAACCAUUCAAUCUUGCCGGAAUAGGAUUAUGCGGCAACCCAUCAUUAAUAGAAGUCGGUGGUUACACGGCCUUUAUGCCAUUUCCACAUAAUAACAAUGCAAGGUGGAAUAUUAAAAACAUAGUAUCGAGUUUUGCCUACGAUUCCUUUAUCAUUGGAACAGGUUACGCUGCAAAGCCGUACAUGCCUUACAACGGACAUCUCAUUAUGAAUGCGAUAUAUAGAGCACCUAAUAUCAUGAAUGCGAGUCGCAUCGUUUUCGCAGAAACAAGUAAUGGACAGAGAAGGAUAGAAACGUUAACUAUACCUGACCAAAUGAUGUGUUCCUUCGUGGGCAAUUUUUUUCUUAGCGAGGGCAGAGAGGGCAAUGUUCUCAGAAUACGCGCCAAGGGUCGCGAAUCCAAUACAGAUAUUAUAACGAUGAUACAUAACAUUCUUUAUAGAGAGUUUUAUGUAAAUAAGAAUCGUAUUGUAGCCUUAGGUGGUGUUCUUAGGAUGAGGAAUGGACAAGUAGCGCAAAAUGUUAUGCCGGAAGAAUAUCCGCGAUUGGUUUCAUCAUUUGGCGACCUCGUUAGGUGGUUUCAGUGUCACGAUAUAAAGCUCGAAUCAGAUCUGAUAGCUGUUGGCACAUUACUUAAUAACACACCAACAGAACUUUUAGUCACGGAACAACGUUAUGGUUUUUAUCUUCCAACCAGACGUCAUCAGUUCUAUAGUUUCUCCAAUUAUGGAGCAGGUGGACAAUUCAUUAGCGAUAUCACGAAGGACGACACAGAAUAUGAAGGAUACUUCAAUUUAGCAACAAAAAUCUAUUCUGUAAAUUAUUGCGCAUGA